CCACUGGUCAUAAAGGACAUAAUACACGAUCCUGGCCGCGGGGCACCACUAGCUGUGGUACACUUCCGAGAUCCUUACAAGUUGAAGACUCGUAAGGAAUUACUAAUCGCCCCUGAAGGGUUGUAUACUGGACAGUUUGUUUUCUGCGGGAUGAAAGCUACGCUUCAAGUUGGGAAUGUGAUGCCAAUCGGAGCGAUGCCUGCAGGCACAGUUGUCUGCAACUUGGAAGACCCAGUCGGUGACAGAGGUAGGCUUGUUCGUGGUUCUGGCAAUUUCGCUACAGUUAUUGCUCAUAAUUCUGACACAAUGAGAACCAGAGUGAAAUUGCCAUCUGGUGCUAAAAAAGUUUUGCCGUCUAACAACAGAGGAAUGGUUGGAAUCGUUGCUGGUGGUGGACGUAUCAAAAAGCCUUUAAUCAAAGCUGGUCGGGCGUAUAACAAGUAUAAAGUGAAGCGUAACUGCUGGCCGCACGUCCGCGGUGUUGCUAUGAAUCCUGUGGAGCAUCCCCAUGGUGGUGGUAAUCAUCAGCAUAUUGGCAAGGCUUCGACGGUCAAUAGAGGAGCAUGUGCUGGUCGCAAGGUCGGCCUCAUUGCCGCCCGAAGGACUGGUAGGAUUCGUGGUGGGAAAACAAAUGCAACGAAAUCGGGAUAAGUUGUCAAAAAGAGAUUAAAAAUAAAAAAAUAAACA